AUGAACGACGCCACCCACGUAGUGAAAGAAUAUAAAGCAUAUGAAAAUGGAGGAGAACUUUUCUUAAGCACAUGCGACAGCAGAGGAGGAGGAGUUGGUGUUUUCGUCAACUCGAGUAUGGCAAAGAACAUCGAUUCUUUCGAAGAACUUAUGACCCGAACCGGACGUCUGCGAGUGAGAAGAUGUGGUCCAACGCUAACUCUGACAAUCUUCGCCGUUCGUCAACAUCAAGGUACGAAGGAGACGAAGUUGAAGAUCUCUAUUUGGACCUGUAAAAGUUCUGCAGAGAAGAUCUUACCCUCUACAAGAUCAUAG